AUGAAGCUCACAACAGCCUUGCUGGCUGGCUUGACGGCCGCCAGCAGCGUCUCGUUCGGCACAGAUGAGGGCUGGAGUCCGAAGUUUUCCAGACGAGAAAUCGUGAGCCCAUCCGCCUGGCCGUAUGGACCUUUCUCGACCCAAGGCCGCGAUAUCAUCAACUCGAAAGGCGAAGCCGUGACCUGGGUUGGAGUCAAUUGGCCCGGAAGCGGCGAGACGAUGGUUCCCGAAGGUCUCGAGUUCUCCAGCGUCGGCGAGAUCCUGGACCUGGUGAAAAGCGUGGGAUUUAAUUUCAUUCGGUUGACGUAUGCGAUUGAGAUGGUGGAUCAGAUUUACGAGCGAGGUGGAGCGGAUGUGGGAUUGGAGAUUGCGAUGAUUAAUGCUCUUGGGUAUGAGAAUGGGACGAAGGUGGCGAAGGAAAUGGUGGCGAAGAAUGCGGGUUGGUCGAAGGAGACGACGAGAUUUGAGGUUUGGGAUAGGAUUGCUGAGGAGGCGGCGAAGAGGGAGAUGUAUAUUCAUCCGGAUGUGCAUGUUGGGAAGGCGCAGUGGUGCUGUUCUAAGACAGACGGAAACGCGUGGUUCGAUGACUAUAACUUCCCAGUCAAGAACUGGCAUCGAGGCUUGCAGCAUACCGCGGAAUGGGCAAAGAAGCACCCGAACGUCGUAUCAAUGUCGUUACGAAAUGAGUUUCGACGCAACAUCAACCUGACCGACCCAACCAUCAACUAUGGUUACAACUGGGUCAAUCUCGUGGGCAACAGCACCGCGGCGACAGAUGCCAUUUAUCAAACCAAUCCCGACAUCCUCAUCAGCUGGUCCGGCAUGCAGUUCGACCAAGACCUGUCAGCACUUGCAUCCGGCCUCAACCUCAACACCGCACCGUGCUACAAAUGCGACGCCAUUCGCGACGGAUACACGCGAGAACCCAUAGUGUUCGACCUCGACGCCCACCCUUGGGCGGACAAAGUCUUCUACGAACUUCACAUGUACUCCAUGUCCGAAGAUCAAGACACCGACAACUGCGCAAUCACCCAAGCACAGCUAUACCAAAACGGCUACAACGCGCUUGGAAUCGAUCCCCCCGCCGCAUGCAACAUCACAGGAGCCUGCAUGAAACCCGUUCGCGUGACUCCCGUCGUGAUGACGGAAUUCGGCUGGUCUCAGGACGAGACUCUUUUCAAUGAUACGCUGCAAGGCUGCAUCAGAAAUUUCACCACCCAGCAUGGGAUCUCGUGGGCUAUGUGGUCCUUGGCGGGUUCUUAUCGAAUCAGAGAGGGAGGGCAGGGUGUGCCUGAUACUUGGGCGCUUUCGAAUUAUGAGUGGAAUGGAUGGCAGUUUCCGGAGGGGAUUGAGAAGUGGUGGAAACCUUGGGUGGCUGCUAUGUUUGGGUCGCACAUGUAG